AUGCAGCCGGCCCCCGUUCCGGAUGGGGCCAACCCGGUUCUAAAAAGCCAAGUUUAUCAAACCGGCGCCAAAGGAGUCGACCAAACCCAGCUGCACGAUGUCCCCGGCGUUGCUUCUUUCGGCGAGUCUCCAAUAUCAAGUGUGCGCUUCCUGAGGAGGAGGAGAGAAAUGGCGGAUCUGUGCGCGGCAGAGUUCGGCUACACGAGAGUCAGCAAAGAACCGGGAGAAAUGAAAUGUCAGGCUGGCAGCUUCCAAAGCAGCCAAGAUCCUCAGCCAUCAGAGCCCAACAUGCACCCAUACGUGCCAACCAAGGCACGGCCUCUUUCUCCAAAGGGCCAGCAAUCCCCAAGGCCAACACCCACACCGAAGCAGAAACAUAUCUUCAGGGAAGUCCCCCUGUAA